UUUUUGGGAACCCGGGUGUAGUUUAGCCGGCCACCCAGCCGGAACCAGCGACCCGAGCCCCCUGUUUUCCCCUCCCGCCGCGUCCGUCCUCGCUGCCGCCAACCGCAGCGGCCACCGGCCGGCCGCCGGAUAUAUAAACACCUCCCCCCCCUCCUCCUCGCCGUUGCCGCAGCGCAAAGCGUCAGCACGAGCAGACCAAGAUUCAGAAGCAAGCAAGCGAGCAAGCAACCCUCAAGCUAAGCUACUCUGUAGUCUUAUAGUCCACUCGAUCAGUAAAGGGGAAGCCUUUUUCGACCGAGCCCGGAGCGAGGAUGAGCGGGUCGUCGGUGACCAAGAAGGCGUCGUCGUUCGUGGUGGCGGCGAGCAUGAGCGCGGUGGAGGCGCUCAAGGACCAGGCGGGGCUGUGCCGGUGGGACUACGCGAUCCGGUCGCUCUACAACCGCGCGGCCGCUGCCAAGGUCACCGGCCGCGCCGUGCCGGUGUCCCUCUCGUCCUCGUCCUCGUCGUCUUCACAGGCCGCGGGAUGCAGCGGCGCCGCCGCCGUCAGGGCCGGCGCCAGGACCAGGCGGACGGAGGAGGAGAAGCUGCACAAGGCGUACCACCUCGUCUGCUGGGGCCCUAACUGAUUGGGGGAUUUUGAUUUCUCUUCCUCUUGCUCACUCAUGCCGAGAUGUAUCUGCAAAUUUGCAUGUACCCCGGCCUCUGAUGCCACCGAAGUUUGAGUGAACUGUGAACAAAUGGAAUUGAAAGGAUUUGCGGUGUCUUCCCGAUCUUUUCUCA